AGCUGUGAGCUCUACUGUGAGAGAAAGAGAGAGAGAUAAAUGAGAAGCUUUUGUUUUUUUUUUUUUUUCUCUUUCUCAGAGGAAGCGUAAGCUCUUAGCAAAAGCACUUCGAAAGGGAUACCCUAACGAUCUCCCCUUGCGAAAUCCCCACUCGCUUCCCCCAAAUGCUUCGAAACCCUCGAACCCUCCCCUCCCCGGAGCCUAGGGUUUGAUCCGAUCCCUCUCGUCGCGGCUCGAUCUCGCUCUCCGUCUACCCCUCCCCCCAGAUCGAAAGAAACGAGCCCGAUCCGGCGAUCCCUCGCGGAUCCCGGGGCGUGGAAUGGGAAUUUAAUGAGCGAUUACUUUUAGGUGCUAGGAUUGGAUUUAGGAGAGAUGCCGCCAUCGCCCGCAUUGAGGAUAUCUCCUGGGAGGGAGCAUAGAGCAGAGUCUGCGCACAAGAGGGGGCGGAGCUUCGAGAGCAGUUUGCCUCUAAAAGCCAAAGAUGAUGACCUCCUAUUGUUCGCAGAAAUGCAGAACAGAGAGAUGGAUAACUUCUUGCUUCAUACUUCGGAUGAUUUUGAGGACUCAAUAUCAAAAUUGAGAUACUUUUCAGAUUAUAAGCCAGUCACCACCGUUCCAGCUAAAGGAGAGAGCAGUGAUCUCCUCAAUGUAGAUGGUGAUAAAAAUGACUAUGAUUGGCUAUUAACUCCUCCUGAUACUCCACUUUUCCCUUCAUUGGAUGAUGAAGAACCUCAAAGGCUUAGUAUGGCCCCUAGGGGCAGGCCACAGAGUCAACCUAUAUCUAUCUCAAGGUCAUCCACGUUAGAGAAUACACGGACCCCUAGGACGAGUAGAGGCAGUGCCAGUCCACAUAGACUAAGCCCAUCUCCACGCUCUAGUAGUAGUGUAGUACAGUCGAGACCCUCUUCAGCUUCUCGCUCAAGCCCGCCUCCAGCUUUACGGUCAUCAACACCGUCACGAAGGCCUUCCCCUCCUCCAGCUAAGCUGUCAACUCCCCCAACAAGGUCCUCAACUCCCACACUUCGGAGAAUGAACAGUAUUUCAAGCAGCCAACCAUUUUCAUCUGGAAAAAGGGGAGUCUCGCCUGUAAAAGCUAGUCGUGGGAAUUCCGCUUCUCCAAAACUACGAGGAUGGCAAACAAGUCUUCCUGGUUUUUCCUCAGAAACACCACCAAACCUUCGAACUUCUUUAUCAGAUCGGUCAGUGUCGCGUUCUAGAGGUGUGUCGCCUGCAUCCACUGCUGGAGGUGAUUCAUAUUCUAAAUAUAGAAGGCAGUCAAUGUCACCAACUCCAUCUAGAAGUGCGAGCUCAUCACGUAGUCAUGAACGAGACCUUUUCAGCUUGUCUGGUAAGGCUUCUGUAACGUCUUCUGGAGAUGAUGAUGCAGACUCUAUGCUCUCAGUAAGUAUAGGGUUCUCCAGCAACCCUACCACAAGGAAGAGUGAAUUAGCAAUGAACAGCAGAACAAUGGCAUCGAAGAAACCAUACAGAUAUCCUUCUGCAUGUUCUGCCCCCAAAAGGUCUUUCGAUUCUGCAAUCCGACAAAUGGAUCAAAAGAGAGCUCCUCAAAAUAUGUUCAGACCACUUCUAUCGAGUGUUCCCACCACCUCAUUUUUGACCGGGAAAACGAAUAGCAUGCACCGGCCUAUGUUCUCUAGGAACUCCUCACUAACAACUAGCAGUAAUGCGAGCUCUGAGCAUGGCACUAGUGUUGCUCCUUAUACAGAGGACAGUGACCAUGAACAGAAUGAUCUAGCUGGUGAAUGGGAAAAAGGCAGAGAGGGUUCUGAUAUUCAAGAGGAAAUAUUUGUUUUUGACAGGGUCGACGAGUUAAAUGAAGUUACAAAUCACAAUCAUUCGUCAGAAAAGCUUAAAAGUGGCAUUGAAAUCUCUGAGGAAGACAACUCAAAAAGAAUAGAUCCCCAAAAUCUAACAAAAUCAACAGGUGACGCUGAUCAGGCAGUUAUUGAAUCUGCUUCCCAAUCUCCAUAUGCUGCUGACGGUGUUUCUGAAGUUGACUGUUGUGGAAGAAUGGUGACUUGCAUUAGAUGUGGAUUAGAGUUUCAGAUCAUGGAAGUGGAUGCCAAUGCCAAUACAAAUGUUUGUCAAGAAUGUGCUGAAAGGGGUGGAACAUUAGCUGCAGAUCCUGGAGUCAUUUUACUUGUUACUCGUAAUGAAACAUCUCAAUUGGAAAUUUCAACCGUACAAGAGCAUUUGUGUGAUGCAAUUCAGCUUAAAACCAAAAUCCCUGACUUGUUGAUAAAGGAUAGGAGUGAAGGUAUGCUUGAUAAUCAAGAAUUGCGAAGCAGUAAUCCAACUGAAAUGGUGAUGAAUAAGGCGGAAGACCUUUUGGAACAGAAUUUGGUCAGCCAUGUUGAAAAUGAAAGUCUAGAAAGCCAUUUUGAUUUGGAAACUAAUAGUCAGAGCGAGGUUAUUGCUAAUGAGCCUGACGGCAGCGAUAAGCUACCAGAAGCUGGACCAAAUAUUCAUUCAAAUCUCAAGAUUGAUAAUCCUGAAGCCACAGGCAUAUCACUACUAUUGCAAAGGUCGAGCAGCAGUAAGUGGCCUGUUGUUCAAGGAAGGGCCUUUGCUUCUACAAAUAUUUCGUGUUCUGAGCCUUCAUAUGCACGGGAUAACACAACUGCCAUGAAACGCAGCAUUGGACGGGACAGCUCUUCAGCUUCUUCUUCUGUUGAUCUCGGUUCAUCUAGACAAACAGGGGCAUGCAUUCAGCGCAAUUUGAGUGACAGGAGAGUUGAAAUCGACAAGGGAAUGACUGAUCAUUUAAGUUAUCAAGCUACUGGUUCAGGCUCAGAAUUGUCAAUCAACACCUCUCCUGCUCCACCUCACCCUGAACAUGUAAGUAGUGAGGAUUUUGGUUGCUUGGUUGACAAUGAGGAAAAUAAGGUCCCAAAAACAACAUUGCCAAGAAAUGAAGAACACGAUGGUACAAAAUUCUUGUCAGUUGAGCAAGCUGUUGAUGAUGAAGAUACAUCUGUCUGUGCAAAUAGUUGCAUGGAUUUGGGUGCUUCACAAAUAUGUAGGCAACCAACUGCAGACAAUUUAGUUACUGAAGAUUGCAAUUCAUGCAGGACUGCAAAUAAAGAUCUCUACCAAGAUGGCACAAUGAGUAAUUCAUAUAUUGAGCUACCAAGUAAUAUGCCGGAAUCUACUUUACCUGAGGAAAAUCAUAUGAUAAAUACUGAAGGCAAAGAUGAGGUCUCUGAUGCUACCACCCAUUGCACUUCUGUUGUCAUUCUAGAACAGCACAAUGACCAAAUUAGUUUGGAAGACCAACAGAUUGAGCAUGAGGCCUUGGAUGUUUUAAGUAUUGUGGAUGCCUUGCAUGGAGAUCACAAUUCAGUAACAGCUGACCAGGAUGUUUUGGCAUUUGCAAGGGAAGCUGAAAUAGCAGAACUUCCUCAUCAUGCCAAUGAAGAGGUGAGUGCUAUUAUCGAGGAGCCAAGGAGAGAAAUGCAGAGAAGCUUCACAUUAGAAGAAGCAACUGAUAUCGUACUAUUCUGUAGUUCUAUUGUUCAUGAUCUGGCCUACAAAGCUGCAGGUAUUGCAAUAGAAAAGGAGUUGCCGCUGCCUGAGGCUCCUCGUCCAACAGUCACUAUUGUAGGAAAUUCCACUUCCGGCAUAAGGGAUCUUCGAAAAGCAUCGAAUAAACGAGCGACGAAUACACGAAAAGUUAAACAGAAAAAGUCGGAAGCUGAUUGCAAAUCUCCAUUGAAAGAGUUGGCAGAGAAUAUAAAGAGCUCGACAAUUACAGCUGCUGCUGAAGUUCCGAAGACUGUCGAUAGUAUGAAGCCCCCAAAGCUUGAAUCCAAAUGCAACUGUACGAUUAUGUAGGAGCCAGUUAAUGAGUUAAGGAGUCUUUUUUUUUAAUGCAUGAUCUUCUUGGAUAAUGAGGCUUAGAAUUUUCAGCAAGGAAUAAUAAAUUCGUUCCAAGCUCCGAUUUAUCGUAAAGAUUUAUGCCACAGUUCAUCUUUUGGAGCAGUUCAUGCUGUGCUGAUGCUAUUGUUUUGUUCAGAGGACACGGAGUGCGUCUUGAGCUUAUAUUCUUUUGUAAAUUCUUUUUCUUUUUCUUUGUUAAGCUGUUGCUCAUUAAUGGCUUUACGGUUGUAAUUUAAGCUUCCAAUUUUUUCAAGUGGUUUGCAUGAGUGUGCAAAGUGUACUCUAAUAUAGUAGUCUUUGUAUUCUGUUUUUCUUUUAUCUUUUUCUCUGGGUAAUGGAGAGGGGUUGUCAUCACCAUCACCACCACCACCACCACCACCACCACCACUCCUGUAUGCACAAAUUUGAUUUUGGGCACUUUUAAA